CGCGCUUUAAUAACUGGGGUCAGCAGAUGUGCUCAGUAUAAGUGUGGCUGUGGUCUACGGUGCUCAGCUUGGUGAGAUAGUUCCGUUUAGCUUUGAUCGUAAAGGAGAUUUGACAUCUGGUUUGCCUUUAUCUCUCUCUUUUUUUAAAUCGGUUGAACAUCUCAGUGUCAACAAAAGCGCAGUGAAAGAGCACAGCUGAGAACAAACCGAGUACGGCGCCUGGUUCCAUCCCCUGCACUCGGCUCCUUCUGAGUUUUUUUUUUAUUCCUGAUACUCUACAAUGAAAGCAGUGAACCGUCUUCUCCUCCUGUGGUUGUGUACUCUGGUGCAGGAGUGGACAUCAUGCAUGUGUGAGGAGGUGAGCUCGUCACCGACAAGUGUGAAUCCUUGUUGCUACUACCCUUGUCAGAACCGGGGAAUUUGUGUGAGAUAUGGACUAGACCAAUAUCAAUGUGACUGCACCAGAACUGGAUACUAUGGGGAAAAUUGCACUAUCCCGGAGUUCUGGUCCAGAGUCUGUGAAUUUGUGAAGCCAAGUCCUGAUACCAUCCACUACAUCCUGACCCAUUUUUACUGGAUCUGGAGCCUUAUCAAUAAAACCUUCCUGAGGGACUGGCUCAUGUAUAAAGUCCUCACAGUUCGAGCAGACCUGAUUCCCAGCCCUCCCACCUAUAACUCCAAGUAUGGCUACCUGAACUGGGAAUCAUAUUACAAUAGCAGUUAUUACACACGAAUCCUGCCUCCAGUGCCAUUGGACUGUCCAACACCCAUGGGUACCAAAGGAAAAAUGGAACUUCCAGAGCCUAAGCUGUUGGUGGAAAAAUUCUUAUUGAGGCGGGAAUUCAGACCAGACCCCCAGGGCACAAAUUUAAUGUUUGCCUUUUUCGCUCAGCACUUCACUCACCAGUUCUUCAAAACACACAAUCGGAUGGGACGUGGCUUUACCAGAGGUCUAGGCCAUGGGGUGGAUGCUGGACAUAUCUAUGGAGAUAACCUUGCACGGCAGCUGAAGCUUAGACUUCACAAAGAUGGGAAGAUGAAGUACCAGAUGAUAAAUGGGGAGAUGUACCCACCUACAGUACUAGAGACCAACGUGAGCAUGAACUACCAUGAAUCAGUUCCACCAGAAAAGCAAAUGGCUAUUGGCCAGGAGGUGUUUGGCCUGUUGCCAGGCUUAAGCAUGUAUGCCACCCUGUGGUUGCGUGAACAUAACCGGGUGUGUGACAUCCUAAAGAAAGAGCAUCCCACCUGGGGAGAUGAGCAACUCUUUCAGACCACCAGACUUAUUAUUAUAGGUGAGACUAUCCGGAUAGUGAUUGAGGACUAUGUACAGCACCUAAGUGGUUAUCAGCUAAAGUUGAAGUUUGAUCCAGCCCUGCUCUUCAACUCCCAGUUCCAGUACCAGAACCGCAUUGCCUUAGAGUUUAAUCAGCUUUACCAUUGGCAUCCACUCAUGCCCAACAGCUUUUUCAUUGAUGGAACUGAGAUCUCCUACAAUGAUUUCAUGUUCAACACCUCUAUACUCACUCACUAUGGUGUGGAGAAACUGGUGCAGGCUUUUUCAAAUCAGGCAGCAGGACAGAUUGGAGGGGCACAAAAUUUACCACAUAUAGUGGCCGGAGUAGCUGAGGGAAUCAUUAAAGAAUCAAGGCAACUUCGACUACAGCCAUUUAAUGAGUACCGCAAAAGAUUUAAUCUGAACCCAUAUAGAUCAUUCAACGAAUUUACAGCUGAUAAGGAGAUCGCCCGUGAGUUGGAAGAGCUCUAUGGAGACAUUGACGCUAUGGAGUUUUAUCCAGGUUUGUUGGUAGAGAAGACACGGCCUGGUGCCAUAUUUGGAGAGAGCAUGGUAGAAAUGGGGGCUCCAUUUUCCCUCAAAGGUCUUUUGGGAAACCCCAUAUGUUCACCUGAGUACUGGAAGCCCAGCACAUUUGGAGGUCACACUGGCUUUGAUAUUGUCAACUCUGCUACUCUGAAAAGAUUGGUUUGUCUCAAUACUAAGCGGUGUCCUUAUGUAUCCUUCCAUGUUCCCCCACCAGAUUAUGAGCAUAAAAAUUCAGGUGACUCUCAUGCUGAAUUAUAGCCAAAAUAGAGAAGUGAUAGAAUUAGAGAUGCUAGAACUAGGCUGUCUGGGAUACUGCACCAAAUAUGUGUUUACAAGGUUAGCUGACUUAAUACAUACAUUAAUACAUAAUUAUAUUUAACUGCUGUAUUGAUAUCUGCUAUAAUUAAUACACUGGGCUGAAUGGUAUUAUAUGAAUUAGGCUUAUGUCUCUACUUGCAGCAAUCUCAUUGAAUAAGGCUGUGUUUUAUAAAUUCUUAAAGUGCCUUUAAUUAGGUUAAUUUUGUAAUAAGGUACAAAUAAGUAGUGUGAGUUUUAAUAUCACCAAUCGCAGGGUCACUGCUGUUUGUUCUUCUGAAAAAAAUACAUAUUUAUAGAGUCCAAGCAACCUUGUGAGUGAAAGUCAUCGAGUUAGCAAAAGAUAAAAUACUGUAUCUUUCUCUGUACUCCCUGGGAUAUUCACACAUUUGUCACAGCAUAUCUAUGCAAAGAAAAACAGGACGGUGAUAUAUGUUUGCAUGUCAGACAUAAUGUAUUGUAUCGUAAUAAUACUUGGACAUGAAAAGAAUAUUUGUUUGAGAUCAGCAUCCCCAAUGCUCUAGCACAGUGCGAUCUAUCUAAGGUGCUAAUAUCACCCUGGUUAUCAUCUUUAUUUCUUUGUAGUAGUAAUCCUUUGUGACAUACACUCACCAGCCACAUUAAUAAGUGGACCCUUGCUCAUACAUGCAUUUAUCCAAUCAUGUGACAGUAAUGCAUAAAAUCAUGCAGAUAUGGACGGGUUACAAAGCAGAAGACCAUAUCACAUUGGGUUCCACUCCUGUCAGCCAACAACAAGAAACUGAGGACACAGUGGAUACAGACACAAACAAAAUGAGACAGUAGUUUUGCUUGCUUUAGAUUCCUGUUCUUGGCAGACAGGAGUGAAACCUAAUAUGGUCUUCUGCAGUUGUAACCCAUCUCAUGUUUUGACUUCUUGUGCAUUGAGAUGCUUUUCUAUUCAAUACGGUUAUUAAGAGUCAGGCUUGUAGUAAUCGAGUCCAGGACUUGGACUCGAGUCCGACUCGUGCCCUAAUUUUAAGGACUCAUGACUCGACUUGGACUUGAGCAGUGAUGACUUCUUCUUCGUUCUUGGACUCGUGCAUUAAUUGCAUUAGGACUCAUAAAUUGGAGACGAGGACCUGGACAGCAUGCGCGCCAAGCACACUCUUGCGCGCACGCCGUAAACAACUUGCACCUGCACAGGAUUAGGAUGCAAUUAGCAUCCCAAUAUAAAAACUGUGAUUGAAAGUUUGUGAACCCUUUAGAAUUUUCUAUAUUUCUGCAUAAA